CAACUAAAUAUAAGACGAUCUAUCAGCCACUAGUUCAGUUUUCGUUGGCAGAGUACACUCACCGUACGAAAAACGUUUUAAAUUUUAAAAAGUGUUUUAUCAUUUUAAGUCUAAACAUGUGUGGAAUCUGGGCACUUUUCGGUGUCGACGUGCAUUCUAUUUCUAAGUACGACAAAACUUUUUCCAAGAUUCAACACAGAGGACCAGAUGCAUGGAGAUUGGAAUAUGAUUUAAAAGUUAAAAAUGUUUGUCUUGGAUUCCAUCGUCUUGCGAUUAUUGAUAGUCUUUAUGGAAUGCAACCAAUGAAAUUACACAAAUUUCCUUUAGUAACUAUGAUUUGCAAUGGAGAAAUUUUCAAUUGGAAAGAACUUGGAGUCAAACAUAAUUUCAACUACGAGACUCAAUGUGAUGUAGAAAGUGUACUUCAACUUUAUGGAACAUUCGGUAUUGAUGAAACAUUAAAACAAUUGGAUGCAGAAUAUGCCUUCAGUCUGAUUGAUGCACUAAAGAAAAAAGUAUACAUAGCUAGAGAUCCUUACGGUGUAAGACCAUUAUUUUGCCUAACGUCAAGUAAUGGUAUUUUGGGACUUUGUUCCGAAUCAAAAGGUUUGACAUGUUUAAUUGAAGAGCUCGAGCUUACCGAUUGGGAAUUGAAGCCUUUCCCACCGGGUCAUGUAGCUGAGUAUAAUAUUUUACCAGAUGGUAAACUGUCUUUGGUUUCACUGAAACGGUUUUUCGAAAUCGAAAAACCUAUUUUGCCACCUGUGGCAUUGCAAGAAGGUCUAACUGAAGAAAUUGUUCAUGCCAAUAUUCGAAAUUUAUUGACACAAGCUGUUGAGAAGAGAAUGAUGUCAAAUCGUCGUAUUGGUUGUCUAUUGUCUGGAGGACUAGACUCAAGUUUAAUAGCUGCUAUAUUAGUAAAAUUGUCUAAAGAAAUGUGUCUCCCCUACCCAAUUCAGACGUUUUCGAUCGGAAUGGAAGACAGUCCAGAUAUAUUGGCAGCGAGACAAGUAGCCAAGCAUAUCGGUUCCGAACAUCAUGAAGUCAUUUUUACCGCCGACGACGUAUUGAAUAUAUUAAACAAAGUGAUUUACACCUUAGAAACUGCAGACAUUACUACAAUAAGAGCAUCAUGUGGAAUGUACCUAGUUGCAGAGUACAUAAAUAAAAAUACGGAUACGGUAGUGCUGUGUAGUGGUGAAGGUGCUGAUGAAGUUGCACAAGGUUAUAUUUAUUUUAGAGACGCGCCCACACCAGAUGAUGCACACAAUGAAAGCUUAAGGCUUUUGGGUGAUAUUUAUAUGUACGAUGGCCUACGUGCUGACAGAACUACAGCUGCUCACGGGCUCGAGUUAAGAGUACCUUUUCUAGACAUACGUUUUACUCAGUAUUUCCUCAGUCUUCCCAAGACGAUGAGACAACCACAAAACAAAGUUGAAAAAUACCUACUUCGUUCGGCAUUUGACGGUUUUGGUCUUUUGCCCAAUGAUGUAUUAUGGCGGCAUAAAGAAGCUUUUAGCGAUGGUGUUACAACUGCCAAAAAAUCAUUGUUCAAUAUUAUCCAAGAUUGGAUUGAUCCAAAAUACACAGACGACGAUUUAAAAUUAGCAGCAGUAAAAUAUCAGCACUGCCCUCCAAAUUCGAAAGAAUCAUUGUAUUACAGGGAUGAGUUUGAAAAACACUACAAAGGAUUAUCUUCUAAAUUUAUGCCUUACUUCUGGAUGCCCCAGUGGACUCAAGUUAAAGAUCCAUCCGCAAGAUUUAUUCAACAUUAUGCAGCUAAAUAGUGCUUAUCUUUUAAAUCAUUUAAUAUUAAGUUUUAGUGUAUUAAUUUAAAUUUUAAUUAAAAUUCAUAUCUGUCUGA